AUGCACUCUGUCGAGCUCUCACCUCGGCAGCAGCGUGCAUCAUUUCCAUACGGAGGAGCUUUUGGGUUGGACCUCUUCUCCACGAGAGCUAGACACUCUUGUCUAAGGUACCUGAUUGAUUCAUCGCUUAACCGCACUGCUGCUGCUGCACGACUGGGCAAGAACCACGACCGGGCGAGAGCUACCGCUAGCAAGCACCAAUUGCAACUGGCAAGUCAGCAGUCAACAUUCGCAGCAGGCUCGCCUCUGGGGCUCGGCAACACUAUCCGCAAGAUAUGCGAUGUAUGCCGAGCAUAUGCCGGAGCACCGGAAUAG